AGUUUCUGGAAAGCAAAGCUGUGGGAAGGAGAGCAGGAGUAGACUGGGAGGCCGAAACUGGCCUGGAAAGACCCAUUCCCUCAGAUCAUCAUGUCCCCUGAUGGAGAGGGGCUCACCAAUGAUAGGCCCAGUAGCAACUACUAGAAACUCACCACCAAUAUGAUUUAGCCCAGCUUGGCAGCAGUUGCUAUGGUGCCCUUAGGCCUGGCCCACUAACAGCAGCAGCCACCACACAACUAGGACCUGCUCUCACCACCACAAAACAUAGCCAGCCUUUUGGUGGUGAUACAACGGCCCUUUCUGCAAGCACAGCUUACUGCAGAGAAUCCAAGCAAUCAAGCCUUUAAGCUUGACUUCUGCAUAAAGGAAGUGACGACUGCCAUCCCGCCGCGCUUCCGCUGCAUUUGAAAGUGCCCAGUCCUGCCUGACGGGGAAGCCUGUCCGCGUGUGGGGCGUAUGGCCGCCUUCGCCAUGGAGCUGCCGCUGACUCCCUCCGUGGGUGCUGAGCCAAUGACGCUCGGCUCCCCUACUUCUCCAAAGCCAAGUGCUGGUGCUCAAUUCCUUCCUGGAUUUUUGAUGGGGGACUUACCAACUCCAGUGACACCGCAGACUCGUUCUUUAACUGGCUCUUCAGCUGGGAUAAUGGAAAUGAGAUCUCCUUUGCUUGCUGGUGGAUCUCCUCCACAGCCAGUAGUUCCAACGCACAAAGAUAAAGGGGGUGCUCCACCAGUUAGAAGUAUAUAUGAUGAAGUAGCUAGCCCAGGUCUGGGAUCCACACCCUUAACUUCAAGAAGGCCUGCUGGCUUCUCAGUAACGCAGAGUCCAAUGGCUGGAUCUAUGCCAACAGCCCCUGGCACAGGUGUGUUCAGUCCAGCCAGUCUUGCACAACCCAGGAAGACAACAAUGUCUCCAGCUCAGCUAGAUCCGUUCUACACCCAAGGGGAUGCCUUAACGUCAGAGGAUCAUCUUGAUGACACCUGGGUAACUGUGUUUGGGUUUCCUCAAGGAUCUGCUUCAUAUAUCCUGCUACAGUUUGCACAGUAUGGAAACAUACUGAAGCAUGUGAUGUCCAACACGGGGAAUUGGAUGCAUAUCCAUUACCAGUCAAAAUUGCAGGCCCGGAAAGCCUUGAGCAAAGAUGGAAGAAUUUUUGGUGAAUCCAUCAUGAUUGGGGUGAAACCCUGCAUAGAUAAAAGCGUCAUGGAAAAUACAGACAGAAGUUCUGCAUCGUCCCCUUCUUCAGCCUUCACGCCUCCAAUGAGAACACUAGGUACCCCUGUACAGUCUCCAGGUGUUCAAAGGAUUUCUACAAUGAGACCUCUUGCUACAGCCUAUAAAGCUUCAACUAGUGAUUAUCAGGUGGUUUCUGACAGACAGACUCCGAGGAAAGAUGAAAGCAUCGUGUCCAAAGCUAUGGAGUACAUGUUUGGCUGGUAAUAAGAGAUACUAGAGUCCACUUUGCUGGAGGAUGUAACAUGACUGCUGGUUAGUUGUAUAACUUGUUCACAGCAGCGCUUCAGAUGUCCACCCCUUGAAAAAGGAACUUUGGCACAUGUGUGUUUUGCACUUUAAAGAGCGGCUGGGUGUACGCCACUUUUAAGCUGUUCAGCCAUUGCAGCUAGCAUUUGACAUUCUGUCUUUAAGAGUGGUUGCAUGACUCAAGUGAAAAUUGACUUACACAUCGCACAUGAGUCUUGCUUUCAAAACAUUGUGAUGCUUUUCAUAGUUGCCUGGUGGCACAAUUGUCUUCUGAAAAUAUGCUAUUCUUUGCUGCAGCCUUAAGUUGAUAUUGGUUAUUGUGUAAAGAUAACAGACAGGCUUUACCAAUUUUAAACCAAAUAUUUUAGUUUGAAUGUUCUUCCGUGCAUUGAUCAGCAUUCAUAUGAACUUUGGCUAGGUUUGUUCUAAAUCAUCAGGUGUCCCAAAAGUUUUAAAGAAUUUUUGUUAAUAAAAAUUGUGGUGCUACAGAUACGAACUA